AUACGAAGAUGGGAAGAUUAGAUGGUAUCAUAAAAGUGCAUAGUGCAUAGUCCAUUAUAUCAUCAAUCAAUGUUGCCUAUAACGUUAAGUGGCAUAUGAUCAUGAGGAUUGCCGAAAGAUAACCACCGACAGCACCACUAAAUAUGUACGACUGUUUCAUGGAAUGAUUAAUGCAGUUUUUGUGAACGUCACCCACGCGUGCUAAAUCAGACAUAUGCAUGGCUCGGCUCUCCUUCUUUGUAAAAUUCAUGUUUGAUGUCUGUACAUGGCGAUAUUACCAGUGAAUGGUGGUAGCAAUCGAGAGUGAAUUGUUGCUGGAGAAUUAAUUUCCCUUCCCGUCCUCUCGCUCUCUCUCUCUCAAUACUCCCAAUAAGUUUAGUACGUGCUUUCUCCUGGAGAAAGUUGACAAUAAUAGCUCGAGGAGAGGAGGAUUCGGGAAAACAAUUCUGUCUCUCUCUGGGAAAUCCAAGCUACCACGACGAGCAGUAAAAAAAACAAUGAGAUGGGGGCACUGCUUGAUAAGCCCAAGACCGACAAGUACAACGAGCAGGGGGAGUGGAACGGGCUUCGCUAUGGGUUGUCCAGUAUGCAGGGGUGGCGAAUUGAGAUGGAGGAUGCCCACUGUGCAGUCAUGGGGCUUCCCGGAAAUCUGAAGGACUGGGCUUUCUUUGCUGUUUUCGAUGGUCAUGCUGGAGAACGGGUCUCAUCCCACUGUGCGGAUAACUUGCUAGAAACCAUCAUUCAAACGGAACAAAUUGCAAAGUGUGUCAAUGAGGAGGAUGUUUCCAUCGACGAAAUUAAAAAGGGAAUUCGGGAUGGAUUUUUGUUGCUGGAUGACAAGAUGAGAACGAUCCCAGAAAUGGCCAGUGGAGAAGACAAAAGUGGUUCGACAGCAGUUUGUGUACUGAUCUCCCCAACUCAACUUUAUAUUGCCAAUUGUGGAGACUCGCGUUCUGUCCUUUGUCGAGAUGGACGAGUGUGUUUUGCAACUCAGGAUCACAAACCUAUCAAUCCUUCAGAAAAAGAGCGUAUACAAAAUGCUGGAGGUAGUGUAAUGAUACAAAGAGUAAAUGGGUCCCUAGCCGUGUCCAGGGCUUUGGGUGAUUACGAAUACAAAAAUGUGGAAGGAAAGGGCCAAUGUGAGCAAUUGGUGUCACCCGAACCUGAAAUUUCAGUGGAAUCCCGUGACGAGGUCCGCGACGAGUUCAUGGUGUUAGCUUGUGAUGGAGUUUGGGAUGUCAUGUCAAACGAGGAUUUGGUGGAGUUUAUUAGAUCAAGAUUGCUAAUUACCAAUGACUUGGCUAGCAUUUGUAAUCAGGUCAUCGAUACUUGCCUCUAUAAGGGUAGUCGUGAUAAUAUGAGUAUGGUUCUGGUAACUUUUCCGGCAUGCCCCCCACCCGUGGACGAAGCGACAAAGAAAGAAGCUCAGCUUGAAGAGCUGUUGAAAAAUCGUGUUACGGAACUUGUUAAAGAAUCGGACGGUAAUGUGGAGCUCCCUCAUAUUCUUCAGACUCUAGGUGACGAGAAUAUCUCAGACUUGCCACCUGGGGGAGGACUAGCAGCCAAACGAACCUUUAUAGAAUCGGUGUACAAAGUUUUAUGUCCAAAUAGUGCAGAUUCUGCGGAAUCUUAAUGAUGCCCAUCAAAUCUACUCCUACUCCACACAUGUUCAUCAAACAUCACCAUCGUCAAUGUAUAUCCAUCUGUUCAAGAGUUUCCAGUUAUUCCAAGCCGAAUGCAAAACUCGUCAACUUCAUUCAAGACACUCCGCGCGUGUGUGCGGUGUGUAAUCAGUAAUGUGACAUUCGAAACAAAAGAAUGGCAAUCACCUUCAUGUAUACCUACCAAUUUAUUAUGAUUUUACUAUUAUUCUACAUACAUACUUAUAACAAUAACAAUUGUUCCUUUUUUAGCCAAUUUUAACGUGUGGCUGAAACACAUCACAGAAUUUUACUUAUUGUACACGCAAUUUUAUAAUACGAAAUUGUUAAUAUUUGUACAUCGUCGUGUUUAAUAUUAUCUAAAAGACUUGAUUUUUUUGCGUCAUUAUUUGUGAUUUAAAUUGAACAUCAACCAAACUUGGAUUUACUAUAUGUGUAGUUUUACUGCUAUGCUAUAUACUGGGUUUGAAUUUUGUACCACGUUUUCAACGCAUUCUUUUUUGUGGGUAUCAGCCAAUUACCUCACUACAAAUAUAUAAUUUGUCCAAAUAUUCAGAAAAAGCAUACUAACAUGCAAAUCUUCUUACGCUUUCCCGUACUCUCUCUCUCUCUCUGAUAAUAUUUUUGGUUUCAUUCUUUCAAACGGGACUUGUCUAGGCGUUUCUAGAUUAUUAGUGUGUUUAUUGGAGGAUGAUAUAUAUAAAGUUGGUUCUAUUGCAUAUGUAUGUGCGUGGUCAUGAUCACAUUUUUGUUUUCGUGGCUGUAGUGUAGGCGAAAGAAAAAUAGGUGAAGUAGUAGUUCUUCAACCUUGCAGUAUCUUCUAGUGUGAUAAUGACACAAGAGCCGCAUAAAUAAUUCCGUUUAUAAAUUGACCAAGAAUUAAUUGCUUUAAUUGAUUGAUUAUGAAUAAUGGAGAUGCCCUGUGGGUGUGUUGCUUUGUAGCUUAAGAAGAAGUUUCACUUUAAUUACUUGGUUUUCCGAGGCGGAAUUAGUUGCGGGGUAUAGAGUUAUGUAUAAUAAUGAUAAUACUGAUUGAAUUGGUGUUACCGCGUAUCCAAGAGUUUGGUGGUAAUGAGUAGUAAUGUGUACUGACACGAAAAAUAAGAAGAAGGUCCGUCUGAUGUAUGACGACGACCGAUUAAUGAGAGGCACAUACCGUAUAUUAACCCAGCACAUGUACACCAUACCCCAUGCAGACGCUUUACCUUAAUAUAAUAUAUAUACCAACGCAUUUCAGGAGAAUAAUGUUACAUAUAUACGACUUGUACAACGGAUGAGUUAACGUAUUACUUGUUAUAUUCUACCAACAGUGAUGUGAUCGUAGGGAUGAGAGAGAGAAAUAUAAUAUAGAUAAUAUUAUGAUGAUGAUGAUGGUGGGGUUGUGCCCUCCUUCAGAAAAGCAGCGAAUGCCAAAUACUUAUCGUGCAAAAAAUAUAUUCUAACUUUCAAGCGGAAAUAUUUCACGGGAGGGAAAAAAAGAAGAUAAAAUCAUCAUCAUCAUCUCAACCAAAUCAAACAAACCCAAAACCAACUAACUAUUCUUAUUAUUUUAUUAUUAUUAUGUACGUACCUCUAUCAAAACCAACCCUUUUGUAUAAGUCUGCAAUCUACAACUGUACAACACUAAACUGAUGUUUCUAUAUAAAAAAUCGCCAGAUAUUUCUAGACGACUCUGUGACGUAUAAAAUGAUUAUUUGUCCUGUGAAUCAGUCGAUUUCAAAGCGAGGAGUAUAUUAUUAUUAUGUAAAGUAGAAAAUAUAUAUAUCUCUAAUUAAUUACAACUGCAAACAGUAAUAAAAUAAUGAUAAUCUGUGUUAAGGGAUAAAAUAUAACGACGGGGUUCGUGAAAACUUGAUCACUUUUGUUUUAAAUAAAUUCACUCUUUUGUCGUGUCA